AUGCCCGUCACCAAUUCCACUGCCGAUCAAUAUGUACGCGCCGCGCAAAAACCCCAGCGGAGCUAUUACAAGGGAACUUACCCGAUCUCGAAGAUGGACAAGGUUAAGUUGGACCUUUGGAUGAGCGGUCAAUUCAAGUCACUCCCUGAACCCGCUUCCAACGAGGCAGAGGAAAUGGGGGUUGUCCCCUCGUUCCCUUACAAGGAUGUUCCGAUCUAUGGCGACACAGCGGACAUUCUAGCAUUGAAUUAUCACGGGGUUUGGGGAUGCUUGCUUACCCCGGAAAAUGUCAGUGAGCUGGCGGAAACGACUGGCAUUCGUUAUCAUGCUUGGGUCGCUGCUAAGCAAGUGUUAGAAGAAUUCCCACAAGGCCUCGCAGAAACGUUCUACGUUAAGCACGCUCUUCGAUAUUUUCUUUUUAGGCUUGGCCUGGCUAUGUUGGAUUCAUUCCCUGGCCCCGUAGUAACAUUCAUAGAUUCGCGCUUUUAUGAGAGCAAGGCUGCCAUGGUGGACGAAGCCCGCGCUCUCGUGAGCCUUUUUGACGCAGCUGAUGUUCGACGCUGGAGAGUUAUCAUCACGCUGCCGGCGACGGAGGAAGGAAUUCGUGCCGCGCACGAACUCACGAACAAAUACUCGAUUUGCAUACAUCUCUCAAUGGUAACCUCUCUCGCGCAUGCAUGCGCCUGCAUUGAAGCAGGGGCAUCAAUGCUGAGUAUGAAUGUCGGUCCAAUCAUGCAAUGGUUCGAGAAAAAAGAUGGAGACGAAGUCGACCAUCCAAUUGCCCCCGGCCACCCUGGCAUCAAAACCAUCCAAUCAUGCAUAGAUUACAUCCGCCAACACUCGUUGAACACUUCUUUGCUAGCAGUUGACAUUCGGAAUUGGUCUGAAUUGAAACAAUUGAAUGGGGUUGACGCCGCCGCGCUGGAUCAGAUGCAGCUUGAUCAGAUUCCCAUGCAUGCACUUACGACCUGGCUCCCAGAUCUCAUGGAAGACCACGAGUUUUCGCCUGCAUACCAAAGCGCUUGUGAAGCAAAAUAUCCGUCCCACUUUUUGAGCCACGAGAGGGGGAUCGCAAUGGCUUUGUCCGCCGAGGACCGUAGCCUUAUGUCGUCUGUGGUCUACAUCCGCCUGGGACAAAACAAGGUUUUCAUGGAGCAGAUUGAAGACGUGAUCAAAAAAGAAGUCAGGGACCGCCUCCGCUUGGACACUUUCGAUUUGCACCCUACCCUAUACCGCCGAAAAAGAAAAGAGUUGUUUGUGGACGAAGAUGCGAACAAGAUGCGCUGCGACCGCUCGUCCUCGAAGAAGCCAAUUUCUGAAACGCCCGUUGACCUCGAAGGCUGCGGAAAAGGAGGUCCGAAGGAGAAUAGCGUUACUUAUGCUCUCAUUCAGGCGUGUCGCUUGCUGGGAACUUUAUCAUGAAUGAACGUGUCCUCUCUUUUGCUCCUAUGUUAUGCCAUGUAUGCA